UAAGAAAACCUAUUUUUUCUUUUAGGAAUUCAAUCACAAAAACCAUCAAAAUGCGUAAAGAACUUUGUUUAACUUGUAAUCGACAAAUUUUGAAAAACUUUGAACCAGAAUUAAUCAUGGAUCAAGAAAAUACAAAUCGAGUUCAACCUGGAGAAGCACAAAAUCAACAACCAGCAGCCACCAUUCCAAAGCCAAACAGUUCAUUUGUAAAUUACAUAUCGGAAAAACUAGAAACCUACACAAAUUAUGUCAAGUGCCAAGUUGAAUUUGAAAUUUCAAAAAUUAUUUACAAAGCCGAUAUGGGAGAGUUUAAUGAUAGUGAUCCAUCUGUGUCAGUCUUGCAACCACAACAAUCACCAAUUCAGUCAAUGGAUCAACAACAAACAAACUCUUCCAAUCCUCUUGCAAAUGGCGAUAAAACUGAUGUCGAAUUCCUUUCAACCACUUGCAGUCGCUAAUAAAAUCGCUCCUAAAGUCGAUACUUUGCUGUUUAAGAAUUUAAAAAAAAUGAACCGAACUCUUUUUGUAAAUGUAUGUGUGUCCAAGUGACCAAUGAAUAUACAUAACUUCAUAGUAAGAAUAAAAGAACGUAAAAUUUGUUUGUGUUAAUUCAAAAUGAUUUAUAUAAAAAAAAAAAUAAACACAAAAUGGCUCUGGUUCUUCAUUUCUUUAAAAAAAUUUAGUUUGGUUGGACGUUUUGCAUUUUUCAAAAUUAUAAUGAUUGUGAAAAUCUGUGUAAAUCCGUCUCAAAAAAGAGAUUUCAAGAGGAUGGAUUUCAGGGGGGAAAGUAGCGAAUUUUUUUUCAUUGGAAUUCAUUUAAUGGAAAUGUAGCGACUUUUUGGUUGUUUGGAAUUCGACAUGAGAUAAGGAAAGGAUUUUGAAAUAUAUAUACCAACUGAAAUUUUGAAUUACUGAAUUGUUGAAUAGUUGUAAUUAUUAUUAUAGUUAUUGAAUGUUAUGCAAUGAUACCUUAACCUAAAAAUGUUCAUAUUUAAUUAAGUUUGAGUCAAUAAAAUCCUGUAAUGUAUUUUCUAUAGUUUUCUUUUUCGUAUUAUUAUAAAUCAAGUGUCUCUUAUAAACAAUCUUCGCUUUGAACGAAUAAAGGCAAAGGGUUCACGAAAUACAGGGAUACUUAAUCUCUGAUCAUGAAACCAGGUUGAAAGUGGUAUCCAAGGACUUGAGGUACAAAAUUGCAGAGAUCGAACUGGCUGUAAGCAGCAUUAGGAUAGGGAUUUGAUGGACAUGGAAACUGAGCUAUUGACACAUGGAACAACGGCACCAG